AAUAGUUAAAAUUGGUCUUUUAAGCAUAUAAAGUCAAGCUAUCUACCGAAAUAAUAGGCUUACACAAUGAAUUCUGGUCCUUCAAAGUUGGUGGUUCAGAAACCGAGCAUGUCCCAUAAAAAUCAACAACAUGCAAUGAAUUUAGGUACCUUGAACAUUCGAGGUAAUAUUACAAAAAAGUUGGAUGGCAUUAUAUCAGAAAUUAAAAAAAUGGAAAUGGACAUUGUGGUUUUGACAGAAACGAGAAAGAAAAACAAUGGAAUCGAGGAAAUAGAUGAGUACAUACAUUUUUACAACGAUUGCUGUACUUCUAAUAACUGUAGCUGCGGCUACUUCAUCGGCAACCGCCGAACCAUCCCCGGACAUCGUCCCCUACCCCAACGGCAUCAGCGGCACGGGGGUGACCACCAGGUACUGGGACUGCUGCAAGCCAUCCUGCGCUUGGGCCGACCUCAUCCACACGCCCACCGGCAUACCCAUAGCCUCCUGCGAGCUCGACGGCGCUACCAAGGCCAAGCCCACCGAAGGGUCCGGCUGCGGCACCGGCGGCACGGCCUUCGCCUGUACCAACCAGCAGCCCUUCAUGGUCAACUCCACCCUGUCCUAUGGCUUCGCCGCCGCCUCCUUCACCGGCGGCCUCGACUACAGCAUGUGCUGCUCCUGCAUGCUGCUGAGCUUCCAGGACCAGCUGAAGGGCAAGCAGUUCUUGGUGCAGGUGCUGAACGCCGGGGACACGUUGCAGCAGAACCAGUUCGAUCUGGCGAUGCCCGGCGGCGGCGUGGGCAUCUUCCCGUUGGGCUGCAUGGCCCAGUGGAACGCGUCGGAGAGCGGUUGGGGCGACCAGUAUGGCGGGGUGCAUACUGUGGAGGAGUGCGACCAGCUGCCGGUGGUGCUGCAGCCCGGGUGCAAGUGGAGGUUCGAGUUUAUGGAAGGAGUGUCCAAUCCCGCCGUGACGUUCUAUCAGGUUAAAUGCCCGAAGGAGUUGGUUGAGAUAUCCGGUUGUGAUUUGUGAAUAAAUUUUGUUGAAUGAUUAGUUUUGUGUAUUAUUUAAUUUUUAUUCAAAUUUUAGUUUUUUACGUUCAUUCAUUGUUCAAAUCUUCCAUCAAUUAACAAUCAUUG